AUGUCCAUAGUCUGGGACUUUGGUGGAAUUGUACAGCAGACUCCUGGCUCACUAAAGCAAACACAAAGGUCGGGAACCCAAAAAGAUGCGGAUUCACUCAAAAAAGUAUUUGAAAGUAUUGGAUUCCAAGUACAGAUUGAGAAAGAUGCCCCAUCUGACAAAAUAAGUAAAGUACUAAAAAGAGUUGCCAAAGAUGAUCACAGUGAAAGCGGAUGCUUUGUUUGUGUUGUAUUAAGCCAUGGAAAAGAGGGCGGAUUUUACACUUAUGAUGAUUUCAUGGAAGAGGAGUAUCUGUUUAACAUGUUCAAAGGAGAAAAUCCGGAUAAGGGACUUGUUGGGAAGCCAAAACUCUUCUUUUUUCAGGUAUGCAGAGGAACUCAAUAUGAUACCGGUGUGACUCUUUAUUCAAGUUCUGGUGUGACAUCCAGCUGUAAAAUUCCAAAGGAAGCCGACUUUCUUUGUCAUUACUCAACUCCUGCAGGUUAUUUUGCAUUUAGAAACCGAAAUAAUGGCUCCUGGUUUAUUCAGUCGCUGUGUGAGAUGCUGGAAAAGUACUGGAAGGAAUACGAGCUGCUGAAUAUUUUAACACGUGUAAACCAAAAGGUUGCAUUGGAAUUUGAAAGCAAUGGAAAGAAAGAAAUGCCUUGUAUUGUCAGCAAACUUACUAAAGAUCUCUAUCUAUAAAAUGGAAAAAACAAAACGCCUACAUU